AUGGCCGCGAGCCUCGAGCUCGGCCACCGCCGUUCCCUCUGCUGCACGCGCUUGCGGGCAGAACCGAGCGCGCCUCCAGCUUCGCCGCUUAGCCACCUUGUCGAUGUGCACGUCCGCAGGCAGCUGAUGUGCGCGGUUGGAGCCCUGCGGCCCACCUCCGCCUACCCUGAGGCUCAGCCGCUCCAUCGCGCGCUGAUGACGCUCGCCACCGCUACAGCACGCCGGAGCGCUUCUACUGCUGGGCUGUGGCCGUACCCGUCGCCAGCAGCCGUGGCCGGGCCGCCUUGGCCACCUCUGGCCGAGCCACCCCCAGGCCUGGCCGACGACCUCGACUGCGAGCUCGUCGAGCUAGAGCCGAAGCUGGCGCAGCUCACCGGCGCGGCAACCCCAGCGUGGACCCACACAGUGAUGGACCUAUGCACGGGCCCGGACAUCAUCAGCUCCGACGACCUGGACCCGCUGUCUGAGGGGUUCGCUGGCGCCGCGGUGGGGCGGGGGCUCGUGGUCCCGUGGUGCUGCCAGGUGGAGGUGCUCUCCCACGCCGCCGUUGGCGGCUUCCUCACGCACUGCGGCUGGAACUCCAUCCUGGAGAGCGCGUGGGCGGGCGUGCCCAUGCUGUGCUUCCCGCUGCUCACGGACCAGAUCACCAACCGGCGCCUCGUCGUGCAGGAGUGGCGCGCCGGCGUGUCCAUCGAGGACCGCGGCACGGUGUGCGCCAACGAGGUGAAGGCGCGGAUCGAAGGGGUGAUGGGCGAGGAAGACAGCACAAGCUUAGGGAGCAGAGUAUGGCUUGGAUUUCCCAAUAGUGCCUGCUUUAUUGUGACAUUCUCAAACAGAGCUCCUGAUCCAGAGAAAGAUAGUGCUGCUGUCCAGGAGUUCCUGGAAAACAUGGAAGGGGCAUUCAGAGCCGACACCCCUUGGGCUGGCAGUUCAGAGGAAGAACUAGAGAGCGCUGGUGAGGGACUUGAGAAAUAUGUCAUGACAAAGCUGUUUAAUCGGGUACUUGCUUCAGUCCCAGAAGAUGUGGAGAGUGAUGAAGAACUUUUUGAGAAAAUGGCUUUGCUACAGCAAUUUAUAAGGCCUGAAAACUUGGAUAUAAAACCAGAGUACCAGAAUGAAACAUCCUGGCUGCUCGCACAGAAGGAGCUGCAGAAAAUAAACAUGUAUAAAGCUCCAAGGGUUCACAUAACAGUCAGGAUUGUUGUAAUAAUCAAGCUCAUGUUCUUAGUGCAGGCUAAUCCUCCGCAGCUCCACUCAAAUCUGUUGUACAUACAAAGAUAUAGACGGCAAACACGAUUGGUGUCAGAGGCUCAAUACUUUUUUACAAACAUAUUGUCUGCUGAGUCUUUCAUAUGGAACAUUGAUGGGGAAUCGUUAUCCAUGAAUGAACUAGAUUUUCAAAGGAAGAUGGAUUCAGCAAGGGAACGCUUGUUGGGAUUAUCAGCUGACUCAGAAAACCAGGAUAGUCAAGCCAAUCCUGACGUCCAAGAUCGGAAAUCACAAAAUCUUAAAGCUAACAGGAAUUUUGAUGCCAGCUUAUCUUUGAAAGAUCACGUCCAAGGUUCAGGACAGGAUAUGAGAAGGGACAGUGAUGUGGCUGUGAGUGGGAAACAUGUUGAGCAGGUGCAAUCUGUUUCUGAUUUAGAGAAGAAAGGAGCAGCAGAGCUCCUCAAUGAAGAUGACUUGAACAAAAAAUUCCAGGAGUACCCGUUCCUGUUUGCUCGUGCUGCAACUAGUACUUCGGUAGCACUUGCACAAGGUAUGGGUGUCAGCCCUGAAACCACUCUUGCUCAGAGUGGGCAGACAUCUGAUCUUGUAGUAUCUGAGGAGCCAGAAAAUUUGAAUAGUGUGGUAAAUGACAAUGAGAACAGUGAAAGAACUAGCAAAAAAGUUGAUGAUGUUAUAAGCGAAAACCAUCAUUCAGAAGUGGUUGACACAGAAGCAUCUGAACAAAUGACCCAGAAAACUGCUGUUGAUUCCAGUGAUGAUCUGAAAGCAUUGCAUCAGCCUGAGAAUGCAUGA